AAGAAAAAAAAAAAAAACAAAACGCUUUGGUCAACAUCCGAAAAACACAAGCCUGAAAAACCAUAAUUCUUCUCAGAUGUAUCAGCGACGCUGCGGAAUGCAGUAAUCUGUUGUGUUUGGUGGAAACAGACAACGGUGCCUCGGAGACACUUAAUCCUUUCCCAAACGUUCCUCGGUUCAAGUUUUAAGUUACAACAAAAUCUCGUUUCCCCGGUGGAACAUUUUUUUUAUUAGUGUACGGUUGAGAGUUAAGCAGCAGUCCACAUAGUUCGCAGUACGAUGAAAUCUCAAGGUCCUCCUCGCUCUUAUUACUCGUGUUGUUUUUUAAUUAGAUCAAUAUUGUCUACAAAAUUAUCUGGCAGUUGUACCUAGAGAUGAGCAUGUUGAAACAUAGUGUACUUGGUCCAAGAUUGUUUGCUCUUCCCGUGUAGGUCUUUGUUUCGCAUUUUCCCGAAGUAGCUUUCUUCAGCUCUUGGUACACCCAAAAAUUAAGGGUUCGAAUACUUACCUGUUUUAAGGUGACCAAAACAAAAUACAUUAUACAUAAUAAAAGUGUAAAGAUGUCAUCUAUGAUGUUUAAUGAUGCCCGUCGUGUCAUCUAAACCCGUCGACUCUUCAAAGAACACCUCAUGGACAAAGAUGACAUCACAGUUCCGGUUCCAAAAUAGUCAGUGGACUAAGUUCUGUAACACCAGAAAAUCACGUCAAACGCAAUCAACCGGUUGUCCUUAAGACAGAUCCAGGUCUUGUUUUUGGUAUCGUUCUUAAGUGUUUUCCAAGAUGGCCGGGAAAGGGAAGGGCAAAGGUAAAGGCAAGGCGGUGGAAGUGAACGACAACAUGCCCCUGACCGAGAUGUCGGAGGAGCAACUGACCGAACGCGUCGCUAAGAUUACGGAGGAGCUGGGGCGGAUCCAGGAGGAGAAGAAAAACUUCCAGCUCAUGAGGGACCAGGUCAAAGCCUUCUGGGAGAUCUCGAAGCAGAAACUGCAGGACGUGAAGGACAAGCUGCGCGAGGGUAGCAUCGUCCGCGACGAGGCCAAGAUGCGCCACCGGAUGAAGGUGGCCAAGUACCAGCAGAAAGUCCGGCACUUGGAGUCAGAGUGCCAUACCAACAUUUCACAACUGAAGCUAGACGGGGCAAGUUUCUCCACCAUCAAUGACAACAAACGCUUCGAGAUGGAGCAAGGGGCACUGAAUGAAAUCCGGAGUCUGCAAGUGGACCUUAGUGAGAAAGAGCUCUACAGCCAAAACCAUAUCGAGCAGCUUAAGUUCGAGCAGGCGUCUAAGCUGGUGGACAUCAAUGUGCCGCACGACUGGCGGACGGUGGAGCUGGAGGCCAAACACAACGCCAAGAUCCUCCCGAUGAUUGAGGCGUCCGAGAAGAAGCUGGAGGCCGAGAUCAACAUCCUGGACACGCAAAUGCAAAUCCGUCUGGAGUCCCUGAAGAAAGAGCACGACGGCGCCUUUCGCCACGCAUUAAAGCAAAGCUGGGAGUUCUACCAGGCCCACAUGGAGGAGAUCUCGCUCCUGGAGAAGCAGCUCACCACGCUCAUGUGCCAGGGCGUGGUGCGCCAGCUGUCGUCCAUCCAGAAGCAGCCGUCGUGCCCGCAGGAGAACCUACAGCAGGACAAGAAAAAGCUGCAGGAGCUCCACAGGCAGUUGGAGAAACACAAUGAAGACAAGGCCCAGAGAGAGGCUAGUGACGCUCGACUCAGGGACCUGGAGGAGGAGCUGGAGGAGCUCUCCAUCAGGCACGGCACCCUCGUGCAGGACCUGGAGGGCAAGGAGCAGGAGCACCAGGAUCUGUUCAGGAACCAAGCGGCAGGUCUUCUGGAUGCCCAGCACCGCAAUGGACUGCGGACACGGCAGUUGGAACUCAAGCUGCAAGCUGCCGCCGAAACACUGAAGAAGCUGGAGAGGAGCCUCAGCACCGCGGGAGACUGACUCCGGAGACCGCGUUCACUGGCACACCGGGAGGUCUGGACUCCUCCCUGACGGACCUGGAACUGGAGACGCAUGGAUGGGGGGCGUUGGAGCUCAUAUGUGGAGUUUACGGACACAAGCAACACAGCUCGGAACUUGAGUCAUCUUGGAGCGUAGACCUGGAGCACGCCUCAGGACAGACCAAAUCUAUAAUCUCUUUAGUACAAAUGCUUCAAGACCGCAGUUUAGUGGAUUUUUCAGGUGUCCGUACUGUACCGUAUUUAGUUUUUUCCCCCGCUAUUUGCAAUUUCAGAAUCGGCCUUAUUACUUUUUCCAACCUCCACGGAUGACGAAACCUUACAAAAAGAUGGAAAUAGAGAGCGGUGAAGUGAGCCGUUGUUGAGAGCUCGGUUGAUUGAGAUCUCGGGGACUUACGAGGCGGGGGGAAAAAAGGAUCGCGAACGAGGGAACGUUAAGAACAAUGAUGCAAUAGAUUCAAAGUGGAAAGUUGUAUUCGCCGCAAUUAUUUCAUGUCGUUGGCGCCGAGAACGAUUAGCGACGAGUAAUACUCGAGUUGAAUCAGUACUUGUACUUGUAUUUCUAUUUAUGUACCCGGUUGAAGUACUUUAACCACCGUUGCCCCGCCAUAAAAUUGUCAAGGCAAAUAUCAUCAGAUUGCACGGCGUUGCAUCAGAUGUGGAAUUUCACACUUCAGUGAGUUCUGCGCCUGCGCUACCUGGACGCCCUCCGCCGGGUCCGUUUCGUGAAAAGCCGUGACGCAACAGUCAGGACGGAAUUUACUUUCACACAGAACCCAACGAGGACCGGAUAGUACUUCCUGUAAUUGAAUAGUUAACGUGGGAAGUAGCAUUCUUUGGGCUAGCGGAAAAAAAGUUCUGCUGUUGUGUCUUCUUUACCAGCCAGUCUGGCACCCAAAAUUUUUCAAGGUUGGUAAAAAAAAAACAAAACCCUGCGACUUCCUCGCGAGAUAAGUUUACAACGUUUAUCCUGAAAACACAUCGCCCCCGGAAUCCGCGCACGGGUCACAAUGCCCGAAGACGGCUCAAGCUAAUCUACUUCCCGCUGAUUGUUGGAGCCGCCGGCAUGGUCGCGGUUGAUAAAACGGAGUGGAGUCAACACUAGCGUGCCGGUCCCAAAAAAAAAAAAAAAGUGGCACGGUAUUGUGAUUAGGUGGUGGGAAACGGGGAACUGGUUCCAGGAACAACAAGAGUUGUUUCAAAAGUCCGGAUAUAGAGUUUUUAUUUAUUCGUCGCACGGUGGCUCAGAUCUUUUUCACCCCGACAAAAUCCGUCUUUAUUCCUGUGGAGAUGAUGAUGCCAGUUGGGUUAUUUCUAAAACCGCAUUAUUUGGCAGAAUUGAGCUCGGUGGACUUUCCAGAAUCCAGACCUGUAUUCUUUUUCGAAAUACUUGUGUAAUUAACUCCGAAAACUGCUGCCGUGUAGCGCUCGUCCCUCAAGUCCGAGCUCCGUGAUCAAAGAGAAAAAUUGGCCCAGUUAUGGCUCGUUUUUGACUUGUACAGUAUGAGAAGGCGCCACUGUAUACCAAAUCAAUAUUCUGCAUUGAUUUCAGUGGAAAUGUCAUGAAUCCGUUUCAGCCCCUGAAGAAAUCACAACCGUUUGUGUGUUUAAUAAGGAAAAAUAGCACUAUAUUGUCUCAAAACAAUAAAAUCGCAUGUAAACUAAUUACUGUAUGUACUGCAGCAUUUGUGUUGGAUGUUUGUUCCGUUCAAUAAACAACGGGCAGGGCAUUGACUCCUGUGGUUCUCCUUGCCCACAUGCAUUGGCAUCGCAGUAACCUGCCGGUAAUUUAUUUUUGGGUAGCGGUGGAUCUGAAGC